AUGGCCCCGCAGACGCCAGGUUCCUUUGCCCGUAUUUUACAGUCCGAAUUUGCUACAAGCGACGAAAACUGGACAUAUACGCUUCACGACUUGCCCGGGCCCAAGGCGACGAACCCCGGCCGAUGGGUGAAGUCGCUAGAGCUGGCCUCCAACCCGAAGGCACGUAAACUAGAGCUGAAGCUCACCAAGCUGGAUCCGAAUCGAGCCACAAGUGCUUGCGCUUUGGACCGUUUGAUGCGCUUCUCCUUUGCUGAUUUCCGCCUGGGACAGUUUGAAGAAGGAUCGUGGAAGAGCUUUACUGCCAGGGAAACAGGUGAUUAUCUUGUUCGACUUCUCAAGCAAGGAAUCGUUCUCAAUGGCGCCUUGUACAGCUUUUACGGCCACAGUUCCAGCCAGCUGAGGUCGCGCUCUUGCUAUUUACUCCGAGGAUCGAAAGACGAGGUGGCGGAGUUUGUAGAAUCGCUUGGGGACUUCUCCAAGAUCAAAACCGUGGGCAAGAAGGCUAAGCGGAUUGGUCUUCUCUUCUCGUCCGCCCCGGCGAUAAUGGACGUCCCGGAUGGCCGAUAUGAGGACAUUGACGAUGUUGAAAGAGCCGGAUACAACUUCACCGACGGCUGUGGGUUGAUCGGGGCAAAUGCAGCGAGGUUAUUAUCCCAGAAACUGGCAGUUGUUAGUCGCAACACACGCUACCAUCCAUCGGUCUUUCAGAUUCGGUUCAAGGGCUACAAGGGGGUGGUGACCCUCGAACCCGACAUGCCCAAGAGAUAUUGGUUUCAGUUCCGACAGUCGAUGCGCAAGUUCUCGGGCACUGCAAACCGGUCCUUCGCUGUGGUCGAAUAUUCCAAACCCUAUACUUACGGCUAUCUCAAUGAUGACAUCGUGCUGCUUCUGAGCGCUCUUGGGAUUUCCACCGAGGUGCUUCUCCACAAGCAAGCGACACACUUUGACCGACUGCGCACAUCGGUGACGGAUCCUGUUUUAGCAUUUAGCUUCCUGUGUUCCCUGGAUCGAUUCCACCAGGCUGAGCAGCUCCUUCUCAAGGGGAUUGAGGAAUCCACUGGUGCCCUGCGCGGCCUAGUCACCGCGGAGUACAAAAAGAUGCUUAGCAAGCGUGAGCUUCAAAAGUGUCGCAUUCUCGUCCCCGAGUCGAGGCUAUUAUUUGGCGUAUGUGACCCCCGAGAUAUUCUGGAAGAAGGAGAGUGCUUCCUACGAGUGACACACGAAGGACAUGGAGGACGCCCGAUAACACUCAAUGGGUGUGACGUUCUGGUGACUCGGAAUCCUUGCCUUCAUCCUGGAGACCUGCGAAAGCUUCGCGCAGUUGAUCGACCGCAGCUUACACAUCUAAAAGACUGUAUAGUCUUUUCGGUCAAGGGCGACCGGCCAGCAGCCGACCAGAUGUCGGGAGGGGAUCUUGAUGGCGAUACCUUCUUUGUGUGCUGGGACCCCGACCUUGUACCCUCGACGUUGUCCGAGCCAGCACUUUACCCCCCCGGUCGACAACCGGUCUCCCUGGACAAAAUAACCGCGGAUGACCGCAUCGAAUAUUUUGCGCGGUACACAAGCAUAAGCCUAGGCCGCGUCAAAAACCUCUUCUUGGAUUGGGCAAUGCGCAAUGCAGACGGUGCUCUCAGCAGUGAGUGCCAGGAGCUGAACCGGCUGCAUUCCCUAUCUGUGGACGGUAACCGGAUAAAGAUUGAUGACAGAUUUAACAAACUACCGCCACUGAGCGAUGAAGUACGGGACUCAUUCGUUCUUAAUGUCCUGCAUCGGGAAGCAGAGAAGGAGUCCCAGCAGAGAAUCGCAGCACGAGGCAGUCGGGGGUGGGCACUGGCCUCGCGCGACGUGGUUGAAGCUGUUCUGUGCCAGCAGCGCAGUUGCUCUGAGUUUCGCAUGAUCCAACUGGCCUACGAGUGGUGUCGAAGAUCUGGAGAAGCCCAACUCAGCGAGCUUCUACCAUACUUUGAUCCCGCGGCGCUGAGUAUAGAGGAAAAGCAUUGGCUGCUGCAAGAGCUGCCUGCGACGACUGGGCUGCCCGGCCUGGUCAUGAAUGGUCUGAUGAGCUCCGACAUUCUUGAACAGCAUGAACUGUGUCAAUUCCAUCUUGACUACCCCGGCAUGCGCUGGAAGCGUAUUUUCUCGGCUGAUAACCGGCUCGCAAAUCUGUUUGAAGUGCUGGAUAAAUCCUUCGCCCAAUUCCAUCGGAAGCUGUUGGUAUUGCGGAUCCACGAACGUUUGAGCAUUGCUGUUUAUAUCCCACGUCUCAUCAGCAUCGACGAAGACGCCCUGGUGGGAAAGGACGUGCUUGUGUUUGCAUUUCCGCAUACACAGCAUCAAGGCAACGUCCGCGACCGCAUCCACAUCACGGGCAGCGAGUACAGGCUGAGCUUAACCCAUUCCACGCUGCAGCUAUACAACCGCCAACGCCAGAAUACAUUUAUUUGGAUCGGCCAGCCUGGAAUCAAUGAUGCAUCCUUUCGCCAGACCAGGGGUAGGGCAAAUCGUGCCCGGCAGCGAGACCAGACAAAUCUGGAGGGCAUCAACCACGAUUGGAUCGCAAGUAUUGCUCUCGAUCGCUUCAGUCAAAACAUGCGAACCCAAAUCGGCCCAGUACGACGGCAUGGGAUUUCUGCAGCAGAACUUUACGUUAUCAGCAACGCCGACGUGCAUUCAUUUCAAACCCUGGAUAUGUGGCAGCGCAGUAUUGAUACUAUGGAAACAACACCCCUUUUUGAGAGAGUGCCCCCUCCCCUCGUUAUUUAUCGCACGUCCACAGCAGACUGGUCAUCGCAGCAACGGGAAAUGUGUGCACUAAUCCGCGAUGGCGAUAUGUCCCAGCUGGACCAGAUCCAAAUGCAGUCCAGCAUCGUCGUCCCAGUUUUCCAAUUCUGCUUUGAGCAUAAUGACCGUGACCUACCUGGAAAAAUCUAUAACCACUAUUUGGAAUCAACGAGUGCUGUCAGCAGAUGGCUUGCGCCCAGGGAGCUGCUUGAUGGACUACUUCAGGGCCUGCUCUACACCCCGGCAAAUGCCAUCUUUUUUUCACGCCUUUGUCCUUGGGAAGAAACCCUGCCUGACUGUAUAUAUCGAUGGCUGAGGGCAAAGACCGCACAAUUGCUGGAAGCCGUUUUCCAAUCAGCCAGCUUCGUCGGCACCUUUGCAAUACAAGCACUAUGCGCCAUUGCCCGCGAAGCUAUCAACAUGUCACUGCCAACCUUUCGCCUUCUGGUCGAGAAGGCCUGCCUGCUACUGGAAACCCCAGACCAAAUGCUCGAGGUUUGCCUAGAAUGCCUCCAGCCGACCGGCGAGCGAUUGCUAAAGGAAUAUCCCGCCGCUACAAAUUACUUUACGCGCAACCUCUUUGGAAUUGCACUUGACCACAGUGAGGAGGCAUGGGGCGCAAGGCCGCCGCAUAACGACUUAUGGGUAUUUCAGCCAGUCGCCCUGGCUCUCACAUACCCCGUCUUGACUAGCAAUCGCCGCAUAGACGCACCGCAACUGGAACGCUUGGCGGCUGGUGACCAUGUCCGGUUUGAAUUGGCUCGGUACCCUGAGAACGUCUUCCUAACGGACCGUCCAGGCUUCGACGCCAUUAUCGAAUCAUCCAAGCCGGGCACGGUCACAUUCGCCUGCCUCUCGUACCCACCUCCCUAUGUUGCAUCGGCUCGGUGGCGAAUGAAGCAUGGCGGGUCGUUUGUCACCAGUAAAGCAAUGUUGGACUCGCUAGUCACUUUAAUGGAACAAAAGGUAGAUGCAUGCGCUUUGUAUCCCCAGCUGGUGGAUGACUACUGGGAUCUGGGAGGUACACAGGAAGGUGCAGCAUAUGAUUCUCGCGAAGACCUUAAUGACUGCCAGAACGAAGCAGUGAAGGCGUCGCUCAAUUCCUCCCUGACCUGCAUUUGGGGCCCGCCUGGAACUGGGAAAACACAGACAGUUGCUGCGAUUCUACAGGAACUGUUGCGUCGGAGCCCAGAGGAACGGGUCCUUGUUACUGCCCCCAGCCAUAAUGCCGUGGACAACAUAUUGAAAAGAUACUUGAGCCUUGUGGGCUCAUCAGGGGUCAUCCCCCUCCGAGUUACCACUAAUAUACGUAAAGUAUCCCCUGAUUUGGUUCAAUAUGCCUGUGACGGCAUGGACAACAAAGAGUUCAAUUUUAAUCCCAACGCCAGAGCCCUCGCUAUCGAGCGUAUCCAGCAGGCCCGCGUAGUCUUCACAACAUGUGCCGGAGCGGGACUAGGCCUUUUACGAAACGAAAAAUUCCAGAUAGUCCUCAUUGAUGAGUCGUCACAGCAGUCAGAGCCCAUGUCGAUCAUUCCAUUAAGCAAGGGUUGUCAGCGAGCUAUUCUCGUCGGAGACCAUGUGCAGCUCCGCGGAACAACAGGGAAAUACGCCAAAAUAAUGGGUAUGGACGUUUCCCUUUUUGAGCGGCUGUAUGGGACAAAUGAUGAGGUCACGAAGCAAGCCCUCACCAAGGUGAUGCUGGAUGUCCAGUAUCGAAUGCACCCGCAAAUCGGCGAAUUUCCAUCCCGCGAAUUCUACAAUGGCAGGCUCAGGGCACACGCUUCGUGCCAGGAUAGACCACUCCCUGUGGAGGGAUUCCCUUGGCCCCGGCAGCAGCAACAACCCCGCGCAGAUUCCCCAGUGGCGCGGUGCGUUUUCGUUCCCUGUACCGGAGCCGAGGACGCUGGGUAUCAAUCCAAAGGCAAUACCAGCCAGGCGGAGCUAUCCAAGAGGAUUUAUCAGCUGCUGACAGCCGCCGAGUCAGAGGGAUCGUCGUCAGUUGCAAUCCUGACCCCCUACACGCGGCAAGUCAAGAUACUCCAGUCUCUCCUUCCAGGCUCUGCGACGGUUUCCAGUAUCGACGGAUUCCAAGGCCGCGAAGCGGAUGUCAUUGUUUUCGUGACUGUGCGCUGCAACCUGCAUGGCGAUAUUGGGUUUCUGAGCGACCUUCGCCGGCUUAAUGUUGUCCUCACCAGAGCGCGCGCGGGACUCAUUGUUGUUGGUUGCCCCCGGACUUUGACCCAAAAUGUGCCUUCUAGCCUCGGUGUCAAAGGUGUUGACGGGACUAUGAACAAUACCAGUGAUGGUGAGAACGCGGUUAAGCAAGCUGUUGACACAGACAGUAUUCCUGUUUGGAAGCGACUAGUAGCUUCCCUGGCAAGGGUUGAGAUAUCCUAG